AUGAAAUACACUAAAUUGCACUUUAUGUUGUCAGUUCUUGGCAUUAUAAUCUAUAUAACUGAUUUAAUUGUGGACAUUUGGGUAUCUGUCAGGUUUUUCUAUGAAGGACGAAAUGUUUUUGGUAUUUUAACAGUAAGCUUUAUGCUCUUUGGAACACUUGUGGUACAGUGUUUUAGUUACACUUGGUUCAAGGCUGAUUUAAAGAAAGCAGGCCAAGAAAGUCAGCACUGUUUUCUUCUACUUCAUUGCUUGCAAGGAGGAGUUUUUACAAGGUAUUGGUUUGCCUUGAAAAAGGGUUAUCACGUGGCUUUCAAAAAUAUCAGCAAAACUGAUAACUUUAUAGAAGAACAAAUUGAUCCACAUAAAGAAGUUAUAGAUAGAAUGACUGAUUUGAGCAUGCUCAGGCUAUUUGAGACCUACCUGGAAGGCUGCCCACAAUUUGUUUUGCAGCUCUACAUCUUUCUGGAACAUGGUCAAGCAAAUUUCAGUCAGUAUGCAGCCAUUAUGGUCUCUUGCUGUGCUAUUUCUUGGUCAACUCUUGAUUAUCAAGUAGCUUUAAGAAAAUCCUUGUCUGAUAAAAAUCUUCUUAAAGGAUCCUGUCCCAAAUUCACAUACCUCUUUUACAAGUUAUUUACAUUAUUAUCUUGGAUGCUGAGUAUUGUACUUCUUUUAUUCUUAAAUGUUAAGAUUGCAUUAUUUCUAUUGUUAUUUCUUUGGUUUUUAGGGUUAUUGUGGGCAUUUAAAAAGCAAACUCAGUUUUGUGCUUCUAUAAGUAUGGAAUUCUUAUAUAGAGUUGUUGUUGGAUUCAUUCUUACUUUUACUUUUUUUAAUAUUAAGGGACAGAAUACCAGAUGUCCAAUGUUUUGCUACUAUAUUGUAAGGGUACUGGCCACAGUGGGGAUAUUGGUUGUGUUCUGGGUUUCCCCAGUCUCUGUUUUUAAUUCAGACUAUUUUAUGCCCAUCAGUAUCACUAUAGCUCUUAGUCUUGUCCUUGGAAUUAUUUUUCUUAUUGUUUAUUACGGGACUUUGCACCCAAACAGAAAAGAAGAAACAAAACCUGAUGAAAUUGAUGGAAAAACAGCUCAAGGAGAUUGUAGAAUGAAGUAUUUUAUAAUGGACUAGCUAUUAAUUUGUGAGAUAUGUUUUCUUACUUCUUUGUUUCAUUGGUUAAUAAAGAAAAUGUUAUUGUAUGUGUUCUUAUUUUUGCCCAUUUAUUUUUUAUUUUACCUUU